AUGAAAGUCACGAUCAAGCACUGGCACGCCGUCGCUCAAUGGCGCUGGGACACCGGCGCAGAGGACUCGGGCUCGAAUGACGAAGACGAUGUUUGUGGGAUCUGUCGAGUUGCGUAUGAGGGCUGUUGUCCAGCCUGCAAAGUACCGGGAGACGAUUGCCCGCUUAUCUGGGGCCAGUGCUCGCAUGUCUUUCAUAUGCAUUGUCUGCUCAAGUGGCUCGGUACUCCUGCCUCAAAACAGCAAUGUCCGAUGGAUAGAAGAGCUUGGGUAACUGCUGAACGUAAAAUCACUCCAUAG